CUUGUGCUAUCAAUUAUUCCAAUGUGAUAGCCAGUUUUUUCUCAUAUGUAAUACAGAGUCACAACCGCAAGUGGAAACCGGAAAACAUGGUUAUCACAAGUCGCGACAUACCAUAGACCUAUAAAGAAAUUCUUUAUAAAUUUUACCUACCAUUUAUUUACUUCGUCAUGGCAGCUGCUGAUGUGGUGUUCAGGGUUUCCUAAAUAAUAUUUCUUGUUAUCAGUUAUCGUAUCGAAUAUACGUGUUUGUCUAUUACUGUUUCUUAAUUCAUGCAUGUAAACUUACACCUGGCAAUUUUUUCAAAAACUGUUCCAAGUGUAUAUUUGUAAUAAUUCUUUAAAUUUAUUUUUUAACCCAAGAUAUUUUUAAAAUGUAGUACAAAAUUACCUACAUUAUCAUGAACAGUUAUUUAUUGUAUUUUGAUUGUAAAUCAAAGUAAAAAGACAAUACUGUAGAAAUCUUUAAUGUUAGUUGUAAGUAUUUUAAAAAUGUACCGAUAAAUAAGAAAUAAUUAUUGAAGAUUCAAGAUGAGGGCUUAUGUUAUGACUCUUGCUAAUAGCAUUAUUGGUGUCAGUAUUUUAGCUAUGCCAUUUUGCUAUAAAGAAUGUGGAAUUUUGUUGUCAACUAUACUGUUAGUCUUAAGCAAUUUAAUGUCGAGAGCUUCGUGCUAUUUUCUUUUAAAAUCGGCUAUUAAAUCAAGAACGAGAGAUUUUGAGUUUUUAGCAUUUCAUUUGUUUGGUAAACUAGGAAAAAUCUCUGUUGAACUAAGUAUUAUCAUGUUUCUCAUGGGAACCUGCAUUGCAUUUUUUGUUGUAAUGGGAGAUUUGGGACCUCAAAUUAUUGGUGAAAUGUUCAACAUGAAGAAUACGAUGGCUCUUCGUCCAAGCAUUAUGAUUGGUUUAGCUGCAUUUAUAGUUUUACCACUAGGAUUGUUGCGAAAUGUAAAUAGUUUAAACACUAUUUGUACAGCUGCAAUAAUAUUUUAUGCUUGCUUGGUAUUAAAGAUAUUUGUUGAGGCUUUUGACAAAAUUUUCUCAUCAGUUUGGAUAUCCGAGCUAUAUUUUUGGAGACCUUCUGGUCUUUUACAGUGUUUACCAAUAUUUGCAAUGUCACUAUUUUGUCAAACACAACUAUUUGACAUUUUUGAAUCAAUUUCUCAUGAAUCUCUUGAAAAGUUAAAUGGCAUAAUCCGCUCUUCUAUGAAUAUGUGUACAAGUGUCUAUAUGAGUGUUGGUAUUCUUGGAUACAUAGCAUAUCAUGAUCAAACAUUAACAGGAAAUAUUCUUACAAGUUUUUCUCAGUGUUUAUCAAGCGAUGUAAUAAAAAUUGGGUUUAUUAUGUCCAUUGCUGUUAGUUUUCCUUUAGUUAUUUUCCCAUGUCGAUCAUCUAUUUACUCGUUAAUUGCUACAAAGGAUUAUGUACUUGUAUCUGGUGGACGUCAGCACAUUGCUGAAACUCCAUUCAAGUGUAUUACAUUUUUUAUUGUAAUAUUUUCAUUGAUUACUGGUCUUCUGAUGCCCAAUAUUGAAGUAGUAUUGGGAUUAAUUGGUUCUACUAUUGGAGUAAUCAUAAAUGUUAUGUUUCCUUCAAUGUUUUUAGUACGUGUUGCUAACAAAGAACACAAAGAGAAGUUUUGGGCCAAAUUAAUUUUAUUUGCUGGUAUUUUCAUCAUGGUAAUGGGCACAUUUGCUAAUCUUUUUGCUAUUCAACAAUCUUUAUCAGUAUCUAAAAUAGCUGUCAAUGAGGCUAUAAAGGCCAAAGAAGUAAUUCCUGUUGAUACUAUAGCUAAAGAAAUGCUAAAAGAAAUUGAAAAACCUUUGAAAAUUGACAAAUUAAAAUCUAAGGAUAUUGAACAGCAUCCAAGCAUAAAAUUAAAACUAAAUCCAUCAGAAGAAAUUCGUGUUGAGCCACCUAUUCCUGUCGAACCUGUCGUUAAAUCAGAUGUAAAAGUAAUUGAUAAAAUAGAUGUAGGUAAUUCAAUUAGCAAAGAUGCAAUAAAAAAAGAAGAAGAUGAGCUAAACAAACGAUCAGAAAUAGAUAUACUUGAGAAACUAAAAAGUCAUGAAAAUGAAGGUAAAAAAAUUUUAGCUGAAUCCAAACAAAUCUUAAAUGAAUUAAAAAAAACUCGGUUAAAAUUAGAAAAAGAUAAAAAAAUGUUAAAUACUAUUAAAGAAAUGAAUUCCACCAAUUUAAAACAAGAAAAGCAAAAUAUUAUGUCUUCAACGGAAAAGAAAACAAAGAUUAAAGAUGUUAUUAAAGAUAAGAUACCAUUACCUAUAGUAUUACAAGAAAAUAACAAAACUAAAAAUAAUAAUAAAAAUAAAGAAAUUACGAGAGAGAAGAGAGAUGUUGAUUCAAUUGGAGAUAAAAAAAUAUUAAGUGAUAAUAACGAGAAUUGCGAAAAAGAUAAUAAGAAUAACAUUAAAUUGGCUGUGACAUCAAAGAAUCAAAAUGAUGGGAAUAAAAAUGUUAUUGAAGAUGUAAAAGUUGAAAAUUAACAUUUUAUAAAAUUUUAUGAUGGUUGAUCUCUUUUAUUUUUUUGUUAUAAUAUUUAACAUAUUAAUCUUAUUAUAAUUUAGCAAAGUUGCAAUAUUUUUCGCUGUUUUCAAAUAAUAUUUUUAUAAUGUGAGUUGUUUAUAUCUUUUAAUAUGUAUUAUUAUUGAAUUAAUAUAAAAAGUUCCUAUAAGAUGUUUAUAUGUACAUAAUGACAAAUGUGUAUUAGCUUCAAUUUGGAUCUGAGAAGGUAUUGUUUUUAAAUUAUGUGUUUUUAUUUUAUGUCUUUACCCACAGUAUCUCCUAAACAGACCGGGAUAUUUAUGUUAAAAGUCUACAAAUCAGAAUUCGUACAUGCAAGCUACUUUAUUGGAACAAAAAUUAUUAAAGUUCACACUUUCCAUUUCAAAAUUAAAAAAAACACUUUAAAAAUGUUAUAUAUAAAUAUACAUAAAAUAUUUAAUACAAAAUCAAUGUACUAAUAUA